GUUAUUGAAAGUAACUUAAGGGAUUUAUAAAUACCACCUUACUUCGCAUAUAUUAAUAUUUAUAUUCUCUACAUAUGAUUUUACGUCCAUACAUGCGCCAUAUAUGGAGCGCCACAACGGCACGGCAAGGAGGAAUCCGAUCAGCAUUUGCGCUGAUAAGUGCUCAUGUUUCCUGCCGUCAAGUAGCCUCGAAAAGCACCGAAAGCGAUGGAAGCGCAGCCAAAGGGAACUUCUUUGCCUUCUUUGACAUACCCAAGCAGCCUAUGGUCGACCUAGUGGAUCUUCAGAAACGCUACUACGCCUUGCAGAGCCGUGUUCAUCCGGACCAGGCGGCGGUCAUGUCUUCUUUAGAUCAAAGCCAAGUCAAUGACGCUACGGACAUUUCGGUAUACGCAAACUCGGCGUACGAAACCCUUCGAAAUCCGUUCCGUCGCUGUAAAUACCUCUAUCGAAUCCUCCUCGCACAAGAGUACAAGGGUGGCGAGCCUCUCACCCCCGAGGAAGAGGACGACCUUCUUGUGGAGGAUGAUAAGCGAAACAUGAUGCACAGUGGAAAAGCAACUAGUGAGGAGCUAAACGAGGAAUUCAUGAUUGAGUUAAUGGCCAUGAAUGAGCUCAUUUUCUCCUCAGAUCUCGACGACUCGAGUGCGCGCGCGCGAUUGGAGGUCUUACAAUACGACCUGAAGGAGCGCAACGCCGACUACUUUGAUAAAGCGAAGGAGUCAUGGUACGCAGAGGAUACGGUGAAUUUCAAACGAUUGGUUCAAGAGUGGACGUAUAUUCAUAACGCACUUGCCCAUUUGAAGGAACGCUUAUAGAAAGCUGUACCAAUAAAAGGCAUGGCGUGAGAGUCUUGACGAGGCGUCUAUUCCAGUCCAAACCAACCCGAAAUGCUGAAGUAUUCAUGCUUGUUUAUCAAACCGUAGUAUGACUUCCUCGCUUCCCUGCAAUUUCAGAACUCUCACGAAACCUCCAGGCGUAUGUGAAAGGGGCGAUAACUCUCAGUGUCAUUCAUUAUUCACUCGGCGUCCCUUAAAUCUUCCUCACCUCUCCCUCUCCUUUGAUUCGUUCGUUUUCGAUACAGUGGAAUUCCCGUUUGUUGGUGAAAUGAAAGCAGCAAUCGCCAGCUGAAGCCGAUUCACAGCGAUCAUUCAUAAAUAAAGCGCAAGGGGUUUUUUCUAUCGCUAAAAU